CUUCCCCACUCGUGAUGACCUGUUAACAUUUCAAACCUAAUAUUUAAUCCGGUGUGAUCCGUUCAUAAGUUACGUAAAUGCCGUUAACCGUGUUCAGCGGCUUGUGUAAACUGUCACGCAGGUAACGCAAAUGUGCGUUUUUGCGCACGUUGUGUUCCGGUUAAAAGUUUGGACUCGAUGUUUGCGGUGUUUCAUUGCUUAUAACGUAAAUUCACGCCAACAGUACAAACCCUCUGUUUGCAAUGGGUUUUAUUCUGCAGCUUUGUUUAUCUAGUGUUUAAUGCUGCUGUGCUGUUACUUACUGUGCUGUGAUCAUCUGUUUUUCCCCCCACAGAAAUCACAUUGGUUCAAACCUCACAGGACAAAGUAGAUAAAACUCUUGUUAAGGACAAGGGCAGCAGCAGCAGCACACAAUCAUCAAAGAAGGCUCGAAAUAUGUACUGUAUUCUGUGUCGCAAGGAUUAUUCAAAAAAAGAAGAACAGGAGCAUUUUCACAGUAUGCGGCAUCACCGACAGCUGAAGAAAGUGCUGGGCAAGAAUUCAUUUCAUGAUUGCCAGGCAUGUAAGGCAUCCUCCAUGAGUUUAAAGGAGUACGCCGAGCACAUCUCCUCAGCUCAACACGAAGCAGAGUUGACGAAAUUGAAAUCUAAAAAGAUAAAGCCUCUUUCUCUACAUGAGAUUCUCAGCACAGAAACCAUCAACGAAAUCCUGGAGAGAAACAAGAUACUAAAGAGAAAGCAGAGGAUUGCAAGGAAAGCAAGGAAAGCUAAGGCAAAGGAAAAAAAGAGAUUGAAGCAGAUAGCUGCUCAGAAAAGUGCAGAAAUGCCAAAGGGACCCAUCCAGAACAACACAGUGGCACCCAAAGCACCGAAGCUGAAAAAAUCCAAAAAUGUGAACAAGACGACACAGAAACAGAUGCAGGAAACCCACCAGACAGAAAGCAACAAUGCUGUCUCCCAAAACAAGGAGAACAAAGUGUCCAAAACUCUGCAGAAUCAAAGUGGAAGAUCUUCUGGUUUAUCACCACACAACCUCCAAGAAGGUGCUCAGCUCCCUCCCAAAGGAGCUAUCAUGUUAGAUCAUGGCCAGAAUGUGUGUACUGAAUCUUCUCAGCCAGUUCAAGGUGGUUCACAUUGUUCCGCUAAUCCUGCUUCAGAGUGCAACAGAUCUGUCGGUGCAGCUCCCAUACAGGAUGUUGAUGUCGGUGCGAUGCUGAAGCAAGUCAGAAGAGCGCUGGGUGUGAAGGAGCCAGGUAAAGCAGAUCGUGAGGCCAGGAGGCAGAACAGACCUGCACAACAGACUGGAACAAAAAAAAAAGCGAAACAGUCAGGUGCUGCAGCCUGUUCUGGUGUUUGUCCUCCCUCUAAGCCAAAACAGACAACUUUACAAAUGACACGAGAAACCAGUCAACAUUGCAAGAAAAGAUUAGUGGUUGUACAUGGACUGUCAAACAGCAAAGAGAAACCAUCUCAGGGUGCUGUGGCUUCACUCAGCCAACGUACAGGCAAGACCACAUCCUCUGAGCCCAACCUGAGCAACAAACACAAGGUUCGAAUUGCCCACCAGCCAGGCAAAUCUCAGAGGGGCACAGAAGCCAGACUUAAACCAACCCUGAACAAGUUGCUUGCCUUAUCAGGGCCCAAGAAUGAGCAGAGCUGGAAGGACAUGUAUGAAGAGAUGAAAAGGAGGAAGCAGAACAAGGUCAAAGGCAUGCCCAGGUUUGGAAUAAAGUUGACGAAUCUUCUGACUAACCAAGAAAGCUCAGCACAACCACAGGGCAGUGACGUCCCUCUGUCUGAGGGCUUCCACUGGGAGUUGAUCUCAGGCAGUCCUUUGAAGCCACACUUGACUUUACCUCCUCCAGCCCAGGACACGGCACAUACUGACUCCUACAGGGAGAUACAGUCAGGUUCUCAGAUGCAAGCGCCUGGUACAGCACAGCGGGGUGGGAGCAGUCACACAGUAGUAGCAGUCUCUGUGAAAGCAGAACCAAACGAGAGUGGAGAUUUGAGAGACAGCAGCAGUUCCAACAAGAGGAAACUCAACAUGGCUGAUGGCGUUUCUGACAAGGACUCAAGCGCAAAAAAGAAGAGAACAAAGUCAAAUAAGGACCAGGAUCAGAUGGACCAGCUGUUGGCGGUGUCUCUGAGGGAGGACCAGCUGAGCUGCUCGCUGCAGGAUUUGGACAAGUCUCUGGUCCAGGCUCGCAAUGCCCUGCAAGCUGUCUACACAGAAGUCCAAAGACUCAUGCUGUUGAGACAGCAGUUUAUUGCUGAGGUCAACAGUCUGAGAACCAAGCGCAUCGAGAUCCUGCAGGGGAUGCAAGGUCACUCUGCAGGAUCUAAUACAGCAGAGAGAGCCACCACCUCAUCAGCAGGGGCUGCUGCUACCACAGCGGGGUUAAAGGCCUGUGUGAAGACAGAGAGGUUAGCAAAGGAAGAAGCACAACCAAUUGAAAUUGAUUCUGAGGAAGAGACGGGGGGAAACCUUUGCAAAGAACAAGUUAAAGGAAGAGAGAAGACUGUCCCUGGAAAAGAUCAAAGUGUCCUUGAUGCAGCACCAGGCAAAGGUGGCGGGAACAAGAGCGACAACUCUGUCAAAAUGAUGAAGCCCUCUAACCUGGUGGUUAUUGACCUUGACGCAUCUGACAACAAGGAUUCACCUGAGACCGUCUCAAAUGUUCCAGUUCACCCAGAGCCUCCGGAGAAGUCUGCCAGUGUGGAGUUCAGCCGUGCAAGUUUGCAGACAAUUCAGCAAAUUGACAAUGACAGAAAAAUUCAGAUUUCUCUGCCAGUCAAAGAUGCAAACACUCCUGCAGUGUCUGUUGAGGAUGAAGAGCUGUACUUGGGAGCGUUUGUGAAUCACACCGGCCCUGUCCACGACCUGCAAGUCCACGAAGACCUGUUGUACACAUGUUCAGGAGACAACACGGCACGAGCCUACUGUCUCAGGAGCAGUGUGUGCCAGGCAGUGUUUGAGGGUCACACAAAUAAAAUCAACUGUCUGCUGGUGUCGCCCCUGCCGAACAUGCCGGCACGCCUCUACACUGGCUCAAGUGACCAGACCAUCCGCUGUUACAACAUAAAGUCAAAGCAGUGCCUGCAGCAGGUCUCCUUACCAGACAGUGUGUUGUGUUUGCACAUAGCGUGGAAUAUACUGUACGCCGGGCUUGUCAGUGGAUCAGUUGCUAGCUUUGAUUUAAAGACUCUGAAGCAGCUGGAUGUGUUCAAGUGCCAUGGCCCUCGAGGGGUGAGCUGUCUGGGUUCAACGCAGGAGGGCACCCGCCGGGUGCUGCUGGUCGGCUCCUACGACAGCACCAUCAGCGUACGAGACGCCAAGAACGGCCUGCUACUGCGCUCACUGGGGGGUCACACCAAAACUGUUCUCUCUAUGAAGGUGGUGAAUGACCAGGUCUUCAGCGGUUCCAGUAGCACAGCUGUUCAUGCCCACAACAUCCAUACGGGUGAGUUGGUUCGUGCCUACAAGGGCCACGGUCAUGCCAUCACGGCCAUUGUCAUCUUGGGAAAAGUGAUGGUGACAGCCUCUUUGGAUAAGCUGGUUCGAGUGUAUGAGCUACAGUCCUAUAACUGCCUGCAGGUGUACGGGGGUUACAGUGACGGGGUGAUGUGCAUGACUGUCCAUAAGAGUGUGAUCUACACAGGCUGCUGUGAUGGCAGUGUCCAAGCAGUGAAGCUCAACUUGAUGAAAAAUUACAGAUGCCGGUGGCAGAUUUGUUCUCUAAUUUUCGGCAUUGCGGAGCAUCUUGUGCAGCACCUUGUCACACAUCACACCAGCCCGAAACUGCAGAAGGUCAGGUGUCGCUGGGGAGGUUGCCAAAGGUUUUUUGCCACACAGCAGUCAAUUCAGCAGGUGCUGCCUGAACACAUGCAGAGUCACGUAGAGAACGACAGCAAGGUGCAGCCUUGACUGGAGCGCAGGUAAAGUGAUGCAGCAGAGGAGAUUAGAUGUUCAUCCAUUACAACAUGCAAGUUUAUCUUUUAUUUCAGAGUUGUUUCAGGGUUUUCUGUCUUAGGACACAGGUUCUGCUCAUUUUGUCCUCUGGUUUGUUUGGGUUUUUUUUAAGUGUUUGAUCGCAUCUUUUUUUGGUGUUAUUGUAUGACCUCCGAUCAAUAAUGAGACCGCUCAUUACUGAUCCCCUGAAGCUGUUGCAUGAAGGGAUUGAGGUGUUCAGCAUCAAACCGAAAAAAGGACACAGUCUCUAAUGAACAUAUAAAAUGUUGACAGGUGAUCACUCCCACUGUUUAGAGGAUUAUUUUCAUAGUAUGCAGCCAUUAGUUUGCUUUAAGUUAUCACUUAUUAAGCUUCAUUUGAAGCUUAUUUGAAUUAUUAAUUUCUCUUCUUUGAGAUCACUUGAGCGACACGUUUUUUGUUUUGGUUUUUUUUUGUCGCGUGGCCUGGAGCCUUUCAAGUCCUUUACUCUUAAGUUUUUACUGCUGAGCUUGUCCUCUCUUCAGUGUGGAAGGGGCGAUUUUGUGGAAAUUAAAAAGGGGGAGAAACAAGCUUAACUUGGAGGUAUAAUGUGAUAUUUCUAGAAAGUGCAGUAGGACAUAACAACCUGUACUUUCUGAAGAAAUUAUACAAUUUAUGCAUCCAUUCACCUGCUUUCAAGUCAGAUUUCUAAUCUUUGGAUCAGUCUGUAAUUCCAGAUUUCAGGUUUUUUGUACCCCAGCAUGGCUUGUUAUGUCUCCUAAUUUCCAAGCUUAGAGAUACUGUGUCCUUCAUUUCAUCCUGACUCAGACUGUCUCUUGUCACAUUUGCACGUGUGAUAACUUUAAAAGCAAUUUCUCAUGUGGUGACUAAGAGAUUUGGUUAUUAAAACAUUUUGCAUUAUGAAAUAUGUAAAUCAUCUAUUAAUUUAUAGCAUUUACAUUUUCACAUUUGUGAGGGAAUUAUUCCAGGAAGUGUUCUUGUUCUCUCCUGUGUCACUUUGUACAAAACAUGAGUUGAAAACUCAUCUCUUUCUGAGCAGGAAGCAGUGAAAGUUGUCUGACUGACCAGACGGUAACUUAUAUGAUGCUGUAUCAAACUUAUGCCUUAUUUUUCAAUAUUAUAUUGUACAAUAUGUAUUUCAUUUGUAAUUAAUACCUAUCGUAUGUGUACAGCAAUUAAAAA